AUGGCAAAGGGCAACAAUAAGAUCGCUCCGAUCGGCUUCGUGGAGGAUGCAGGAAUUCCUCUCGAGUCCUGCAGUUCAACUACCUCGGAGCAGAUUCACGAGGAGUUCUCAAGGCCCGAGCAUAUUCACGAGGAGUUUGCGCCCACCGAGGCCACGGAAGCGCAGCUUCAACCUCCGCGGGUUGGAGACGUGCCGGAGGACAGCUCCAGCCAUGCACCUGUCCACGAGGAUGGGAGGCCACAGGAGCGCCCAAAUGAAAACGAAGAGCAGUCAAAAAAGCCUUCCGUCCAAGAGAGGAAGGCAGAAUGGAAGCGCGACACCUGGACUGACCAGGAGUGGCAGCGUUGGUAUGGCCAGAAGCAGUACCCGAAGCAGCACAGGGAGUGGCAGACACCUCAGCGAGACAUGAGGUCCGGUGCCGGCGGGCAUCACUGGAGCUGGGCAAGCUAUGUCCAAGUCUCGGCUGACGGGCUUCUCAGCAUUCGGUUGGCAAAGAUGGGACUUGAUGAGCGCACAAUACAAAGCUUUUGCUCAUGGUUCCCCACGGAGCUACGCCGCUUGAAAGAGGCGAAGGUGCGAAAGCUCUACGUGUCCAGCGACGACAUCGUGCUGGCCCAUGAGGUGGACAUUUCUCAGAAUGACCUGAGCGAUGAGGCCUUGAGGAUCCUUCUCCUCACUUUGAGGCAGGCCAGGGUCGUCAUCGGAGCCGCCAAAUUCUAUCGAAACAAGUUCAGCUGCCGCAGUGCACAGCUUCUAGCACAGUGGAUCCGAUCCGCACCAUGGGCGAUUUUCGAGCUGCACCUCUCACACAACAACAUCAAGACCGCCGGCGCGCUCGAGCUUAUCAAGGCAGUGGCAGAAAACAGGAGCUAUCCAUCCGCGCGACCGGGCAGCAAGAACUGGCCACUGCCGCUCUGGCUGCGGCUGGAAUCCAACAACAUCACCGAUGUUCACGGCUUUGAAGAACAGGCCGAGAUCUGCCUUCAGACCGCUCGACCGGAAGCUCGAGGCAAGCUGAUCUGUUGGUGGGAACACAGGAAUCGAUGCGGGUGCAGAAGUGACAGCUGUGCCCAUUCCACGGCAAACCACUGCCCGGUGCUUCACAUUCCGCGCUUGAGCCAGCUGGAGACGAGGAAGGAGGAGGAGAGCCUGCACCGGAGCCCACAAGAUGGGACGGCAAACGUAUCCACAAAUGCCGAGUCCGAGGCGGGUCCUACAAGUCACCCGCAUGCUUCAUGUGUGGGGGAUUUCCGCAUGCUACCCUCAGAGGAGUGGCGCAAGAUCCAUUACUUUUUCUCGGAAGCCGGACCGAGCAGCACGACAGUAUCGGCCCAGCUGGCACCCCAGGACAGGAAUGAGGAAUGA